AUGGGCAAGCCUUGUGCAACACUUGAAAUCGAGGGUGGCUUUUUGCGAAGUUUCAUUUGUUACAAAUUGUUGCCUCCUUCCAUGCUGAAGCGCAUGCUGCGGGCCGUCAGGGUUGGGAACGAUCCAGAUCAGAGGGAAUCGCAGAGCACGGACAUGGAGAGUUGCGCGGCAGAUUUGGAUUGCAGAUCCACAGCCUCCCAUGGCCCCAGCCACUUGCAGAGUAGCCAGCUCCCACUUUCUUCCACAGUUUCGAGUGUCAGACCAAAUGGACGACUCAGAGAUCGAUCUCAUGUCGAGAGUCGAACUGGACCACGCACUUGUGGCGCGUCGACAUGGCUCGGAACCCGGCGACGGAUCAGAAUCAGCCUCACAACAAAUAGCAGCAUUCAGGCACAGGACUGCGAUGUGGAGAAAGCCCAUAUGCCCGUUCGGCCGGGCCACGCCCAGAUCAGGUCGAUGUGA